ACAUUAGACAAGGCAAACAGCACCAACUAAAUUCCCUCAACUUUCAACGUCUCCCCUAUAAAAUAUCUUACCACCCUUUCAAAUUUUCAAACUAAUCGCCACCCUCUCCAAAAAAAAAAAAUCACAUUGCAAAAUGGCAACUUCUUCAGCCAUAACUGUGGUGGUAACACUGCUGGUGAUGGUGGUGUCGAUUUCAACGGCGCAGGCACAGACGCAGACGUGUGCGUCUAAGCUAGUUCCCUGCGCUCAGUACCUCAACUCCACCACAACGCCUCCGAACUCCUGCUGUGAUCCGAUCAAGGAGGCGGUUGCCAACGAUCUAGAAUGCCUCUGCGGUCUGUAUGAGAAUCCGUCGUUUUUGACCAGCCUUGGAAUCGAUGUUCAGCAGGCUCUUCGUCUCCCUCGCUUGUGCGGUCUCUCCUCCGACACCACGGCCUGUAAAACUGCUCAAGCUCCAGGUGGAUCCAGCACUCAACCUCCACCAGGAAGUACCCCUGGUGGAAACGAUGCGGGUAAGAUUGCUUCAAGUGGGGUUGUUGGUUUGCUAUUUAUUUCAACUUUUAUGAUGUUAUUUUAGGACAUGUAUUGUGGACAUGCCUUAUAUGAUUCAUUGUCAUGGUAGAGGAGUUAAUUAAUACUUGGUGUGUCAUACGAUUAUUAUCUGCGUUAAUUAAUACUUGGUUAUUGUUCCUGUGAGUGUAUAAUAAAUCAAGGCCUUCUUCAAUUGUUUUUUUUUUUU